AUCGAAUAACGAAUAAUGGAUUGCCAAAAGUGUAAGAAAGUUUUGUCAAAAAAAGGGUCACAUUUCCAAUGUCAGGGACAGUGUAAGGGUACGUUUCAUAGAAGUUGUGUAAAGGGUCUAGCAGCUGAUUUAAAAGCUGGGAUAAGCCGUAUCUACUGCAACAACUGUACUGAUGAGGAUGACUCAGUAAACGAUGAUCAAGAAGAUGACGCCCGAUAUCAUGACAAGAUACUAAAAGAUAUCCAGAAAAACGUAAAUAUUAUUCCUUGCCUAAUAAAACAGUUGGAAUGUAUAAAAAAUAGCAUGUGUUUACUUUCUGAAAAAUAUGACACGUUGUUAGCUGAGCACGAAAAAUCAAAGGACAAAAUACGCAAACUUGAAAAGACAGUGGAAAACAUAAACAAUAAGUGCGUUUAUGUGGAAAAGUGCAAUACUGCAUUAGAACAAAAGCUACAUGACUAUGAGCAAUUAACUCGCAAGCAGAAUAUCGAAAUUGUAGGUCUUGAAGCAAUGCCAGACGAAAAUGUUACAGAAAUUGUUAGUAAGCUAGGGAAGAUGAUCAAUGUCAGUGAUGAUAAUAUUGAAUGGGUGAGACGGAAUCAACCACGAAAACAAGGUAUUAGUUCUGCAUCCAUAAUAGUCGGGUUUAAAGCAUCGGGAACCAAAUCACGCGACGCGUGGCUAGCAGAAAGACACAAGCUAAGUGAUAUAACAAGCGACAAGAUAACUGGCGGCAUAAACAAGAGUAAAGUCUACAUCAAUGAGGACCUCACUAAAUCAACCCGGACUUUAUUAUGGUUUACUAAGAAGGAGCUACGGCACCACUACAAAUAUAUUUGGGUGUCUAAUGGGAAGAUUUUGGUUAAGAAGAUGGAUGGCAAUAAAACAUCCUGGGUGAGGUCUGAAAAAGAUAUAUUUGAUCUUCUCAAAAAGAAAGAUUAGAAAUCUAUUUUCUUAAUGUUUUCCUUAAGUUUCUACUUUGUUUACUAUGAUAAUGAAAAUUCACGAUCUUAGAUAAUAUCAUUACUAUUACUGACAAUGAAAGAAUAAACACUGUUGAAGUAGGAAAUCUAAAUGCAUGGGUGAAAAAGCUCAAAUAUAAAUAUGAUUUUUGUAUUUUGCACAUAAAUAUUAGAUCUCUAAAAAAGAACUUUCAUGAAUUAAUUGUCACCUUAUAUUGUAACUUAAGCAACAUCGAUGUUAUUGUAAUAACUGAGCCAAAUAUUAAUUUCUCUAUGAUUAACUUGUAUACGAUUAAGGGAUUCAAUAUACAUAGUUUUACACGUACAGAUCGAACGGGAGGGGGUGUUUUGGUUUAUACGCGAGUGUCGUGGCCGGCUCGAGUGAUUGAGACAGAACAUACUAGCAAAAUGCGCUCAGCGGAGUGUGUUUGCAUUGUACUAGACGAGACCAGCAAUGAUCCGAUAUAUUUAUUAUCCAUGUA